UGUUUUUGUUGUUUACCACGAAACUUGUAACUGCGCCACAGACGCGCCAGCUGGGAGGUAAGCUGCUCCGACUGUUUCUGACAGGACACGUACGAAGUGGAAAUGUUUCAGAAGUUUAUGAAUAAUAAGUCAGAAGUAGAAUGAGAAGAUCUGAUGAAACUUUAAGAUCAGAAAUGAACUUUCAGGCCUGCAGACAAAACAGGAAACAGACCCUUUGUUUUGUCACUGCAAACGUCAGCACACUUCCUGUUUUCAGAUGAAGUGUGAACUUCCUGCGUGACCAGAUGUUUGACCUGCUUCCACAGAUCGCAUGUUUCACAGCUGCAGCAUGUCAAGCUGCUUUGCAGACUUCGCCAGUUAUCAGUGGAGGAGAGUCCAGCCCAGACAGACACAAGAGCAAACAAAGAGAAGCAGCUUUGCAGCUCAUUGAAUUCUGAAGAAGCUGACUGCUGACUUCAACAUCCAGCAGUGCAACAUUUUCAUCCUCUGACCCUGUUUCUAGGUAACAAAUACUUGCUGAAGGCCUGAAGAUGAGUGAAUAUGGAUGUGAUGAUGAGGCGUGUUCAACAGUCAGUUCUAUGUCUGCGAAGAGCGACAGGUCCAAAGAACGUCCUCCAGUCUUUGGCACUGAACCCAGAACUUCACAAACAAGACUUGCUGAAGGCCUGAAGAUGAGUGAAUAUGGAUGUGAUGAUGAGGCGUGUUCAACAGUCAGUUCUAUGUCUGCGAAGAGUGACAGGUCCAAAGAACGUCCUCCAGUCUUUGGCACUGAACCCAGAACUUCACAAACAAGUGACCAGACUACAUCAAGCAUUCAGCAAAACCCCACCACACUGAAGGUGUUUGAAUCUAAAAUGAUGGAUCUUGUAAAGAAAUCUCUGAAAAGCCAUAAGAAGGUUCUUUCUACAAAACAAAAAGGAUGGUUUGAGGAAGACGAGCCUGUUGAUUCACCGGUAGGGUUUGAUGAUGAAACGAAUGAAGCAGCUCUGAAGGUUGCCCUCCAUGUCUUGAGGACCAUGAAUGAGGAUGAAUAUGCCGACGCACUUCAGCAAAGUCACUAUGGAGAAAUCACCCUGUACCAAAAGAAACUGAAAUCUUCCCUGAAGAGAAAAAAUAAAUACAUUUUGGGAGAGGUCACGACGCAGCAGUGGCCCGUGCCUCUUAAAAAGAUUUAUACGAAGCUCUUUCUCAUAGAGGGGGACAGUAGAGAGGUCAACAAUGAACAUGAAGUGAGACAAAUCGAGAAAGCGUUCAACAGACAGAAGUCUUCAGAUACUGUGAUCGAGUGUGAGGAUGUCUUCAAGCCCUUACCGAACCAACAAGGUGAACCAAUCAGAACGGUGCUCACCAAGGGGAUAGCAGGCAUUGGCAAAACUGUGUUGGCACAGAAGUUUGUGCUGGACUGGUCAGAGGAGAAGGCCAAUCAACACAUCCAGCUCCUGUUUUCACUUCCUUUUAGGGAGCUGAAUUUGAUUAAAAAUGAAAGAAGAAGCUUGAUGGAGCUGCUGCAUGACUUCUCUCCAGGCCUCAAAGAAUCUGGAAUCAAAGACCUGACCAUGUGCAGUGUUGUCUUUGUACUGGAUGGUCUUGACGAGUGCAGACUCCCUCUGGAUUUCAGUGGAAACGAGAGAUGUAAUGAUGCUACACAGUCAGCCUCGGUGGAUGUGCUUCUGACAAACCUUAUUGCAGGUAACUUGCUACCAAAAGCAAAGCUGUGGAUAACUUCCCGACCUGCUGCAGCCAGCUGCAUCCCUCAAAGGUAUGUAGACCGCAUGACUGAGAUACGAGGCUUCAACAAUGUACAGAAGGAGCUGUACUUCCAAAAGAAAAUUGAUGAUGAAAGCUUAGCCAGAAGAGUAAUUGCAAACAUAAAGUCGACAAGAAGUCUCUACAUCAUGUGCCAUGUGCCGGUGUUUUGCUGGAUUUCCUCUAUUGUCCUGGGAAAUAUCUGCGCCAAAGCAGGAGGAGGAAAAAUGCCGAAGACUUUGACCCAGAUGUACCUUCACUUUCUGGCACAUCAGACCACUCAGAAGCAUGUCAAGUACAGCGACGAGCAGCAACUGGACUCCCAAGGGAAUAAUAAGGUGAUUCUCUCACUUGGGAAGUUGGCCUUCCAGCAGUUGGAGAGAGGGAACCUGAUCUUCUAUGAGGACGAUCUUAGAGAGUGCGGUAUUGAUGUCAAGGAAGCAUCUGUCUACUCAGGAGUGUGCACUCAAGUCUUUAGGGAAGAGUUCUGCAUGCAGAAUAAAGUCUUCUGCUUUGUCCAUCUGUCUGUCCAAGAGUUUCUCGCAGCUCUGUAUGUCCAUGUGAUGUACAAAGUAAACGGUGUAAACCUGUUGAUCGAAGAGGCUGAACAGAAGGCCCAAAACAAGUUGGAAUCUGAGUUGCACAAAGCUGCAGUGGACAGAGCCUUACAAAGCGACAAUGGCCACCUGGAUCUCUUCCUGCGAUUCCUCCUUGGACUCUCGCUGGAGUCCAGUCAGAGUCUUCUCAGAGGCCUGAAGAUUGAGGUUAAAACCUGCGACAUCCAAAGUCAUGAGGAAACCACCAAGUACAUCAAAGAGAAAAUAAAUCUGACUCUUCCUCCAGAGAAGUACAUCAAUCUCUUCCACUGUCUGAAUGAGUUACACGACCACUCUCUGGUGGAGGACAUCCACAACCACUUGGACUCAGGACGAGACUUGAAGAUGGACAAGUCCUCUGCAGCUCAGUGGGCAGCUCUGGUCUUCGUGCUGCUGACCUCACCGGAGAAGCCGGAGGAGAUCCAGCUCAACAAAUACUCCAGAAGUAAAGACGGCCUUCUCAGGCUCCUGCCAGCCAUCAGAACAUCCAGAUCAGCAAUGUUGAAUGAUUGUAAGCUCACUGAAGACUGCUUUGAUGUGCUGUCCUCAACUCUCAGCUCAAGGUCCAAUGAACUGGAUCAUUUAAACUUAAGUGACAACAACUUUCAAGACUCAAGAAUGGAGCGUCUCUGCACCGGACUCCAAAGCCCAAAUUGCAGACUGAAGAUGCUGAGGCUGAACAGAUGCAGUCUCACCCAGAGAUGCUGUGAAGCUCUGGCCUCGGUCCUGAGCUCUCCCUCAUCACAUCUUAGAGGGCUGGACUUGAGUGAUAACGACAUUGAAGACUCAGGAGUGGAGCUGCUCUCCACUGGACUGGGAAACGUGUGCUGUAAACUGGAAAUCCUCGGGUUGUCCUUCUGUAACAUCACAGAGAAAGGUUGUGGUUUCUUGGCCUCGGCAGUGAAGUCCAACCCGUCCCACCUGAGCGAGCUGGACCUGAGUUACAAUCACCUUGGAAAGUCAGGAGUGAAGCUCAUCUCUGAAGCUCUGGAGGAAGGACGAUGUGAAUUAACUAAACUCAGAGUUGACCACAAUGCAGAACACUGGUACAAACCAGCCCUGAGACAAUAUGCAUGUGAGGUUACAAUGGAUGCCAACACUGCCCACAAACUCCUCGUCCUCUCUGAAGACCACCAGCAAAUUAGGCAGGUCAGCGAGAAGCAGUCAUAUCCUGAUCAUCCUGACAGGUUUGACUACUGGGCCCAAGUCCUGUCCGAACAGGACCUGAAAGGCCGCUGUUACUGGGAGGUGGAGUGGGAAGGAAUAUGGGCCGGGAUCGGAGUGACCUACAAAGGCAUCAGUCGCAAAGGGCCAGACAAUGACUGCGUGAUGGGAUACAAUGGAAUGUCUUGGAGUCUGCAUUGUUCUGCUAAGGGCUACCGAGCGUAUCAUAACUUCGAGUCCACCGUCAUUCAAGUCCCCCUGGGUGAUUCUCGUGGACUGGCAGUGUAUCUGGACUGGGGCGCUGGCAUCUUGUCCUUCUACAGAGUGUCAAGAGUUUCUUCUGGAAGGUCGCUGACACACCUGCACACCUUCCUCACCAACUUCACUGAGCCUCUCUACCCAAUUUUCAGGGUGUGGGGUAAGGGCUCCACAGUGAGGCUGUGUAAGGUGGAAUCAUUUGCCAGAAUCUGAAUGCCACCAGGCACGUUUUGUUCCAUCCUCCGUGUGACUUCAGACCCCACCGGGAGCGUUUCAGAAGCAGUUUGUAUGUGUAAAUAUGCUACGUAGUUCAUUUGUUGCUGUUUUCCUGACCGGUAGUUUGCGCAUGUUAUUUUAUUUUGAAAAUCAGCCGGCUUCUAUAUGAUGUUUAUGCGUCUGACCUCCGGUCCUGUUUGUGCUGACUGAAGCGGGCUGAAUUCUCUGUGGAGUCGAGCAGACCCCCGAUUCUGGGACGCUUCUGAACCGGACAGCACCGUGGCUGUUGGAGAUUGAAACAUUGACGAGAACGGCCACAGUAAAUAUGUGACGUGUUCCUUUAAACUCUCUUUAUGAAGUGAAACUUUCCUGAGUUAGCAGCAAAGAUAUAAUGACAGUAAAGUUUUCAUAUUUCAGAUUGUUCAUCACCAACAACAUAAAUGUGUGACAGAAAGUAUUCUGUGUCUCUGCUGUAGUUAAUCAUUCGUCCUAUGCUGUGUCUGUUUAAACAUCUGCACUUCAUCACUUCAAUGUUUCACCUUCAAUAAAAAUCACUUUUUCACCUCA